AUGAAAAACACCCACAGUCCUGAAGUCCCAAGGAUUCUCCAGAGAAAGCUAGAAGGAAAGAUAUUCGCUCUAAGAAUAAAUAAAAGAAAGAAUAAGGAGCCUCUUUGGAUGUGCGAGUACUGCAGAAGCAGGUCCACUGGAGCUGCCCGCAGAAAACAGAAGCUCCCAGCCCAGCUUUUUUUCCAGAACAAAAUAGCCUUGCAUUCAACUGUGCUGAUCCCCAAAGGCACAUAA